AUGGCUACUUCCUUUAAUCUCCCAACUUUUCAAGGUCCUCUCCUUCACAAAUCUCAGUUUCUCGGACAAACCCAGUUCAUCAAUCUCACCCACUCUCACAAAUCAUCAAAACAAUCAUCUCAUCAAAUCAUAAACCCAUCUGCAAAAUUCAAUCUUUACGAAAUCUUGGGAGGCAGAGGGUUAUUGAAUGGAGAAGAAGGCCUUCAACAGGAACUGAAAAAGCCCCCACCGGAAAGAUCACCACCGCCACCCACCACUACCUCCGAUCAAGAAGAUCUUGCCACAUCAAUUAUACCUGAAGAUGGAUUUGAUAAGGAGCUAUUAGGCCUAACAGGCGGAUUCCCAGGUGGUGAAAAGGGUCUCAGAGAUUUCAUUGAGAAGAACCCACCUCCUAAAAAGCCACCACCACCAUCAACAACAACAUCAGGUUUCAAUGGGAGCUUGGUCCGGAAACCAAAAGCGCCGGAAUUGCCAUUGUUGAUGCCUGGAAUGAUCGCAAUUGUCAAGAAUCCAAACAGUCCUUACCACAUGUAUUGUGGGAUUGUGCAAAGGAUUACUGAUGGAAAGGCUGGGGUGCUUUUUGAAGGUGGGAAUUGGGAUCGGUUGAUUACUUUCAAGCUGGAUGAACUCGAACGCCGGGAGAAGGGACCUCCGAUGGUUAGCCCUCGAUCAGUUGUGCUGGAGGAUCUGGUGGAAAAGAGUUCUUGA